AUGGACUGGUUCCCGGGUUUGGUCACUGGAUAUUCUCUUCUUCUUGUACACCGAUCGGGCGGUAGUGCGCGCACUGGGCUGGUCCCAGGUGGCAUAUCAACGUUUCGGCAAAUCGAAAACCGGGGGGGGCGGAUGCGGGAGAGAGAGAAGAAGAAAACAGGAGGAUGCAGAGUUUGGAAAGAUGAAGAACGAGUCGAGUUGAUGAGAUGUAUAGCAUAUAGUGGAAAACAUCGAAAUACGAUAAUGUCUGGUGUUUAA